GGAAAUAGAAAAAUGGCACUGAGUCUCCUUGACCAUGGCGCCGAUAUCAACGCUAGGGCUAUAUGGCAAAACACCGCAAUUCAUAACGCGAUCACCUAUGAGGGAUCGCCUGGUCCCCUCCAGUUUGUCAGGUUACUUUUGAGUCGUGGGUUUGAUGUUAGCAGCAGGGAUAUAUUUGGACUAACUGUACUCCAUUCUGCCGCGUCGAAUGGGUGGCUGGAGACCGUGGAGCUCCUGCUCAGCCAUGGGAUUGACAUCAACGCGAAAGGCGAGAAAGGGAAUACUGCAUUGCAUUUUGCAAUA